CACUGAUGGUAGUCCAGGACAACCAUUAUGGAAUGAGUCUUCUUCAUCAAGUGCCACACAUCAAAACUCUUUCAUCUCAGAGCCUGCUGAAGUCACUGAUAAUAGUCCUGGGCAACCAAUAAGGAAUGAGUCUUCUUCAUCAAGUGCUGCACAUCAAAUCCCUGUCAUCUCAGAGCCUGAUGAGGUCACUGCUAGCAGCCCUAGGCACACCCUUAUGAAGGAGUCUUCUUCAUCAAGGGACAGACAUCGUCGACACAGCUCAUCUGUCUCCAAACGACAUCGAAAGGAGUCGCCAGCAAGCACCAGCAAGCAUCGCCACAGAGAAAUGGCAUCCCUCCAAGACUUCAAGGCUUCCCUCAAGUUGCUGAAAGGUUCCAAGAAAGUUAUAUUCUCGUUAACAGACCAGGCAAAGUGUUUAGGUGCCUAUGCCCAGGGUGUUGUCAACGCUAUCGUUGAAUACAUUGACUCGCAGACGCAGAGUGAGGACAAGAUGCUUGGACUGUUUCUCUUUGACUCCAUCUUCAAGAAUGUGGGCAGUCCCUUCACAGAUAUUAUUCAGUCCCGAGUCAGCGACAUCUUCUGCAGAAUUUUCAUAGAGGCUAAGGAGGAUGUCCGGGUACUGCUGCAAACAACCCGCCUCAGCUGGAAUGGGCACUUUCCUUCUGAAGUGUUGAUUCCACUGGACAAGAGAGUGAGAGCCAUGGAUCCUGCAUGGCCUGACUUCAAGGUCACCAAAGUAGCUGGUCAGGGGAUGAGUUUGCCUACCCCUAGUAGCAGCAGCAGUCAUUGGCACAACUCAUUUGUCUCCAAGCGGCAUCGAGGGGAGUCACCAGCACCCCCCAGCAAGCGGUGCCGCAGAGAGCAGACGCAGAGUGACGACAAGAUGCCGGGCCUGUACCUCCUAGACUCCAUCGUCAAGAGUGUGGGCCAGCCCUUCACAGAGAUUAUUCAGUCCCGAGUCAGCGACGUCUUCUGCAGAAUUUUCAUGCAGGCUGAGAAGGAUAUCCGGGUACUGCUGCAUACGACCCGCCUCAGCUGGAGUCAGCACUUUCCUUCUGAAGUCUUGAUUCCACUGGAUAUCAGAGUGAGAGCCAUGGAUCCUGCAUGGCCUGACUUCAAGGUCACCAAGGUGGUGGGUGUGCCUGCCCCAAGGAGCAGUGCCAGCAGCAGCCGUGAUAACAUUGUCUCUCCUGCAGUGACUAGCAUCCAUGAAGAACCCAGCACAAACCAACUGCAAUUCAAGUUGGUAUAUAGAGGAGACAAGCAACGCAAGGAGCCAUGGCCCCAAUUCACCAACGUUGGGGAUCUUCUUCAACGAGUGGUCUCGCCCACAGAGUGCACUACUGCUUCAGUCUUUCUUACACCUGGCGCUUCACCCUCAGAUGUGGGUUUCAUCCCAGGCUCUUCUGAGGUCACUGGUGGUGGUCCUGGGCAACCAAUAAGGAAUGAGUCUUCUUCAUCAAGUGCCACACAUCAAAACCCUGUCAUCUCAGAGCCUGAUGAUGUCACUGGUGGUGGUCCUGGGCAACCAAGAAGGAAUGAGUCUUCUUCAUGUGCCACACAUCAAAACCCUGUCAUCUCAGAGCCUGAUGAGGUCACUGAUGGUAGUCCUGGGCAACCACUAUGGAAUGAGUCUUCUUCAUCAAGUGCCACACAUCAAAACUCUUUCAUCUCAGAGCCUGAUGAGGUCACUGAUGGUAGUCCUGGGCAACCACUGUGGAAUGAGUCUUCUUCAUCAAGUGCCACACAUCAAAACUCUUUCAUCUCAGAGCCUGAUGAGGUCACUGAUGGUAGUCCUGGGCAACCACUAUGGAAUGAGUCUUCUUCAUCAAGUGCCACACUUCAAAACUCUUUCAUCUCAGAGCCUGAUGAGGUCACUGAUGGUAGUCCUGGCCAACCACUAUGGAAUGAGUCUUCUUCAUCAAGUGCCACACAUCAAAACUCUCUCAUCUCAGAGCCUGGUGAGGUCACUGAUGGUAGUCCUGGGCAACCAAUAAGCAAUGAGUCUUCUUCAUCAAGUGCCACACAUCCAAACCCUGUCAUCUCAGAGCCUGCUGAGGUCACUGCUAGCAGCCCUAGGCACACCCUUAUGAAGGAGUUUUCUUCGUCAAGGGACAGACAUCGUCGACACAGCUCAUCUGUCUCCAAACGUCAUCGAGAGGAGUCGCCAGCGCACACCAGCAAGCGGUGCCACAGAGAGAUGGCAUCUCUCCAAGUCUUCAAGGCUUCCCUCAAGUGGCUGAAAGGUUCCAAGAAAGUUAUGUUCUCUUUAACGGACCAGGCAAAGUGUUUAGGUGCCUACGCCCAGGGUGUUGUCAACGCUAUUGUUGAAUACAUUGACUCGCAGACGCAGAGUGAGGACAAGAUGCUGGGACUGUUUCUGCUUGACUCCAUCUUCAAGAAUGUGGGCAGUCCCUUCACAGAUAUUAUUCAGUCCCGAGUCAGCGACAUCUUCUGCAGAAUGUUCAUAGAGGCUAAGGAGGAUGUCCGGGUACUGCUGCAAACAACCCGCCUCAGCUGGAAUGGGCACUUUCCUUCUGAAGUGUUGAUUCCACUGGACAAGAGAGUGAGAGCCAUGGAUCCUGCAUGGCCUGACUUCAAGGUCACCAAAGUAGCUGGUCAGGGGAUGAGUUUGCCUACCCCUAGUAGCAGCAGCAGUCAUUGGCACAACUCAUUUGUCUCCAAGCAGCAUCGAGGGGAGUCACCAGCACCCCCCAGCAAGCGGUGCCGCAGAGAGAUAUUACUAUGGAGAUAUGUACGAGCUCUGGGAUGCCUGCUUUUGCUACAAGUUGCUGUACCAAUGGCUGUCUGCAACCUGUACUAUACUGUUAUUGUGCAAGGAAUCUUCAACCCAGUAACAGUCAUCACAAAUAUUAUGGUUUUCUGUAUUUCUCCUUCAAAGCUGGUGCAGCUGAUCAUCCCAGCCAUCUGUUUUGUUCUCUUAGCAAGAGUCCAUGUUAAAUCGUACACAGUCCAUGCUUGGGUGCCUUUGUCUAUGUGGGAAAGCUGGCGGAGACUCUUCUCCGUGACUGUGUUGUGCCAGAGCUUCAUGAUUGCACUGGCAUGCUCCGUAUUGGCAAGCUUCUUCGCAUCACUAGCACAUCCCAGUUUCCAUUUCUUUGCAGUGCCAUGCUUGCCUCAGGAUAUAAUGUGUUCAAAUCGCAAAGGCAUUAUUAUGUCCCUUGGAUUUUGUGUGGGCAUUCGUUAUGCUUAUAAAUAUUUCAUUGAAAAUGGGAAUGUCAUAAUUCCUGCCCCAGCUCACCCAAGAAAAUUGCAGCUCAUCAAAGCCAACCUGAAUCUUCAGAAACUGAGGGAAGCUUGCAACACCUAUGGAGCCAGCAAAUUUUCACUCUGCUAUUGCACUUUGUUUAGUGUUUUGCUGACUGGUUUAUUUGGAAGGGGAGACUGGCGAGACAUUCUGCAGACUUUCACCUUCCCAUUAGUGGCAAUGAUGGUUCUUUCUGCAGUGCUUUUGACUGUCACCCUCUUCCUGUUCUCACAAGUUUUCCAGAUUUUUAUUGCUGAGCCCAUAGAAAUCCCCCUUACCAGUGGUGAGGAGAGCAGCCCUAAUACAGAGGAAGAUUCUUGGCGCUUGUGUAAUGCUCUCAGCUCAUCAGGACUCCUCCAGCUCCUGGCAUUUUGGGACCUCAAGUCACUUGCCUCUUCAGACCCAAGGAACUACCACAGGCGUGCUCAAGUGUUUAUGAUUAGUCAUCCAGGUGGCCAUCCUCGUAACUGGUUGGGGAUCAUGAAUCCAUCUUUGAAUCUGAUUCGCAAGUUUACUGAAAGACUACGUAGGCACAAUUGCCCCGAAGAGCUCCCUAAAGUAACUCCUCCAAAUCCAGCUGGAACUGAUAUUAACAAGAAUGAAGUUGCCAAACCACAACCCACCUCUCUUAAAACAAGAAUAAGCAAGUUGCUUCAGAGUCUUAAGAGGUACCAAAUCUUUGGUUACUUUUUGAGUGAACUACCUGAUGCUGUAAACAGAAGCAUUUUUGUGGAAGCACUUCCAGUCAUAUGGGCAGUACAUGCUCUGGGAGAUUUAGCUGCUGCAUCAUUCACAGAAGACAAGUUUGGUGUCGUGCAAAGAAAUAUACCGGACAUCCUGAUGGCCUUCACACAGCUACAGAAAGUACUUGAUAAUUUGGGGCGUGCUACAAUAACCAGAAGAGCAAACACAGCAGGAAACUAUCAACUGGAACUAAAGCUGAGGAAGGCACUGAGAGCAUCCUUGAGGUCAGCUCUUUACACCAUCACCACCACUUUUGGACCAACAGUGCUAGAGAUGCAAGUGUCUGCAGACUGUCAAAAUAAGCUUAAAUCAUACUUGGAAUUCAAAGAAGGAUGAAAUAUGGUGGAAAAUUUGUCUCCAGACCUGCUUUAAUUCACAGAUCAUCUUGCAUUUUUGGCAGUGAUUUGGAUAAUUUAAGGCUUAACUGAUGCAAACUGUGAUAAUAAGCAUAUUCAUAUCAUAUUAGCAAGCAAUGAACUGUUUGGACAGUAUUUCCAGGGAAUGAGCACUGAUCAUAAUCCUUGUUUAAGUAGUGAUUUCCUGACAAUGAAAUCACUGUAGUAAAAUGGAAUAAUAUUCCCCAAUCACUCCCAAUAGCUUUACUCUUCAGUUGCUUCUCAAGUGGAAAAACUUGACAUCACUAGUACAUAUAUUUUUGUGGUACUGAAAGUGUCAGGUAAGUUUCAAGGCAUUAUUUGACUGUUGUAUACUCUUUGUAUGUACUUUUGAAUCUCGCUGUUUGUUAAACGUGGUUAUUGGUGAAGGCAAAAUAUCCAAGAAUUCCUCGAUUGUGAACAUGACAGGACAUGAAGGCAAGUGAGCCCACCUUUGCGAAUGGCGAGGUUUGACAGUAUUUAUUGUGUGACUUGAAUUAACUUUUGUUUUACUUAAUUUUAUAAGCAAGCUAACAAACAAACUUUCCUCCUGCCGUUUUUUGCUAGUCUAAACUUGAUCCUCUUCCUUUCAUUCUUGUUUUGUAAUAAGUGAAAGAAAAUUGUAGCAAUAGCAGUGUGUUGCUUGUGUCAUGUUAUGCUUAAGGUGUUUACUAAGGAGUAAUGUGAAAAUGUUUACUUUUGGUUGCUCUGUAGGUGGAAUGAAGUUUUCUUUUCUUUGGCAGUAGGCAUUUUUUGCCAUUUUUGUCACAACCUUAUUAUGACUACUGUGUAGUAUGCGUAUGCCAAAACGUUAUAAUAGGGAACAAUACUGUUGCUGUUUGUUUAGCUCAGUAUUCAAGGGUCCAAAGACACCACAGCACAUUAGUUUGAUUACAUAUUUUACAAAUACUCUCGAGGAAGCAGCAUACCGGUACCAGCUCUACUUCUGCCUACAAAUUGCACAAAGACUCGAUAUAAGAAUAUCAUAUUAGUUAUAUUUUUACCUAUGAGGAUGUGUGUGUUAACAUACUUGCUGUACAAGGUUUGAUAGAAAUAUAUUUUAUCAAAGGGUGACACAAUACUAUCUUUUCAUAGUCCAGUUCCACUUAUUAUAACUAAUGGGGCUUGAUUACCCCCAUUAUGACUGGGAAGAAAUUGGUGGGGUUGUGUCACCUGCAGUUUUAAACCAUCCAGAUAUGCGGAUUCAUCAUCUGUUGAUAAAAACUUGUUUUCACAAUAUAUGUCAACUGCUGGACCCUAAAACUUGGGCUCUCGAACUACAGUUCACAUUAUAUCUCAUUGUACCUCUUUUAUAUACUAGUCUGAUGAUAGCAGUGGGAGAGGUAGAAGGUAAAGGUAAAGGUUAAAAAAUAUCGAACGUGUUUCCAAGUUUCUUGUACCAUAGAUGACAAAUGGUAAAUCAUGUUUAUGUACUUUUUCUAUUUCCAUUUUGGAUUUAUAUUUUGUAUUACGGUUACAUGACCAAAACAGAAUGAUUUUGUACAUUAGCUAACAAAGUUUGAGAGCUACUGCCCUAGAGCAUGGCAUACAUUACUGUUGAAUUUAACAGGGAGUACUUGCAGGUGAUGUAGAUCUCCAAAGGGCACUCAGGAUUGUUCUGCAAAUUGCUACCAGUAUUGUUAACCUGGUGCUCAACAUCUUUUUCUUAAGCUUUUUAAUGUGGUUUCCUGUUGGAAAGGUAGGGUAGUGAAGUUCAUCUCAGGUUCAUAGUUUCCUCAUUUUUAACCCGCAUAGGGAACUGAGUGUGCUUUAAGAUAUGUAGUGGCAUAUUCAGCUUUCUGUAAACUUUGAGAUGAGAAAAGGAAUGAGCCAUUUGUCUUCCACAGUAAUGCACAUGGUGCAUUAGACUGUAGUAGUCAUAUCAGUCAAGUUCUCUUCCUUUCCUACCCACCUUUACAUAAAGCUGUGAAACACGGCUACAGUCAGUCAUGACAAUUAAUUGAUACUGAUGGAUACUUUUCCAUUAAUGACUAUGGUGAUUGCUUACAAAGAUGAAUAUGAUGAUUGUUAACCAAUUUCAUGUAAAUGCAAGAUGUAUAGGGGAGUGCUGACAAUACCUCCACAUUGCAGUAUUGCUUCACACACCAUCCCAUCAUUUGUGUAGUCAAUCUUUGAAAACAGGAUUCUGUGCCAUGUGAUUGUGAGUUGCAGUACCAUGACUGCCUACCCCAGUCAGUCAGUCUCUUCCCUCCCCACUGAUAUGGUCAAAUAAUUCAACAAUUUGUCUGGCAUAGGUUUAGUUAGGACUUUCAAAUUUAAUACAAUUACUACUUUUGUGGGUAUAAUAUACAAUAAUAAUUUCAAAGUUCAAAGCAGAAAUCAAGUUGUAUUGAUAAAAUGUUUGAAAUACUUGUACAAAAGAUCCUUGACUGUAGUGUGCAAUGCACCUACCCUUUUUAUGGAGCAGACAUCAUCUGGCUCAAGGCUAAGCUCCAUUUGUUGAAGGGCUUGGCUCGGUUAAGUCUGUUAAUGCAUAUGAAAGGACAAAGAUCUCAAAGCUUAAUCUUCCUAGUUGAAAUGUUCAUCAAUAUUGCAUUUCAUCAGGAAACAUUCAAGGCAUCAAGUAGAUUUGUACCUAAGCUACAGAGCACUUUUUUUUCAUAGUAAAUGAAACAAAACAUUUCAACUUGAACAUAAUUUGAAAAAAAAAGAAAACAAGCAUUUCACUACUUUCACCAACCUGCAGAUAAAAUCAUACGCAAGAUGUGACUUAAGGGCCAAAUUGUCAACUGACCAAUGUGAAUGUAGCUCUGUCAGCCAUAAUAAAAGAAUAAAUUCUAACUUAACAGAC